AUGGACAGGUAUUCCGGGCUGGACGCAGAGCAGAAGGUGGCCUUGCUUGCUCUCUUGCGUGCCGCGGCGGAAGCUGAGCUUGACACGGAGGAUGCCCGGGUGAAGUUGUGUGAGUUGCCGGACUUCAAACCCAGGGCCUGCUUCCAAGACAUCCAGGGAAAUAGCGUCAAAGGAUGGAUGAGUGCCAGUGAUCUUCAUCUCUGGUUAUCCUCGCAACCACACCCAGUCGCAGGCUACAGGCUGGAGGAUGUCUUAUCCGCCAUUAGGCUUCGUACCGGUUCUCUGGACAUCUUCCCAGAGGACUUUAUCCGGAUGACGACCCCGAACUUCCGCUCUGGAGCUUACUUGAAGGAGCUCGCGAUUUCCCGCUCUUUCUUGCCAUACCUCUCCUACGAGCGACCGCUCAAGUACGAGGUGGCAUACCGCCUGAGCCAGCUCUUUCUGUUGGAGCUGGACUUCAUGAGCCGCCUGCGCUUUCAUCAGAAGCGCUUGCGACAGGUGGCAAUCACCGGCGUGAACAUCGUGAAGUUCCUGGACAUGGAAGAGGGCUUUUGUGCAGGACUUUGCCAGCCCUCUCCGUCGACGGGAUCGGCGGAACUACAGGACUUCUUUGAGUCGUACCCGCUUCUGCCUACCGUGAAGGGGGACAACCCGGGAGUGGCGAGCAGCGGGCGAAAACGUCCCGCGACCACCGACGAUGAGGGGGACGAGCAACCAUUGACCCUCAAUACACUCCUUGCCGCUCUGAAGGAGAAUCGGGAGGAGAUCGUCGCCAAAGUUCGUGAAGACAUUGAUGCGAUCAACACCCGUAUGACUACAGUGGAAGUCACAGUCGACACACAUGUGACCAAUACCACCAAGUUGCUGGAGGCUAUGACAGAUCGUCAUUGCGUGAUGGAGCAAAGUGUUCGUAACGUCGAUGAGAAGCAGAAAAGUGUGCUGGAAAGACUGGAACUCCUCGAGGGGAAGUUCGCCAAGGCCAAUUUCUCUAUAUCGAGUACCAGAACUUCCGAGACCGACGGGGGAAACCCCCGCCCUGCCCUGGUGGUAGGAGGCUGGGAUGCUGACCAGCAUCAUGAGGAAACCCUACAGUUGGUGAAGCAGCACUUGCACGACUUGAACGUCAACCUCGACACCAGCCAGGCUUUCGUUCCAGGGCUUAGAAGGGGAUUCGCCCUUGUACCCCUAAGCAAGCUCGAGGGGGAAAACGAUGCUGAACAGCGUGCUCGUGUACAAGAAGUGCUUCGAACUAUUCGAGCAGCCAAGAUCGUGACAGGCCAAAGACCCGAAGGGGGACACCGAUACUUUUUCGCAGCCCUCAGCCAGAGUCCUGAGCGCCGCAAGAAAGCCCAAUUAGCUGGCAAGGUCAAACGGCUAAUUAUCGAGGAGGGAGGCGAUGUUCGUAAAAUCGACGUUGAGUACGGCACGGCCAAUUUAUGGUACAACAGUGUGAAAGUUGCAUCGGGGGUUACCUCGGCUCCAGACGGUGCAUCAGUCGAAAAAGCUGGAUGGGUGCAUCUCGGCACCGUGGCACGACAAAUCGGAAUUUCCGAAGAAGCUGCGACCUCCAAGUGGGGGGAGCUUCGGCCCUCGCAAACAGUGCAUGUGAUCAGCUGGAACGUCGGGGGACUUACCUCUGCCAAAGUAUUGGAAGUCAUCCUGGCCCUCCGGCGACAUGGAAUUCAACCCUUUUGUGACUCCCUGAUCGUGUUCCUCCAAGAGAUUAUAUGUGACGGGGGAAAGCACCACGCCUCCCUGGAAGAGCUGCAGAUGGUCUUCGGGAAACGAACUGAGGACUGGCGAGGCAAUGGCAUCAUGCACACCUCGAAUCUGCGGCACACUCGGGGAAAACUUUUGCCUUGUUCGAUUUCUUGCACUUUGAGUUCGGAUGCUCUCCGUUUGGGGGCCUUUUCUAUACAUAUACCACAUCAUGCCACACUUUCAGCUACCGAGCAGAUUCUUCAAGAGCUUCAUGCCCACUUGCAGUCACAUGCCCGAGCAGUCCUAGGCAUCGAUGCCAAUGAGACUUUUGAGCCCGCGAGACAACACAGACAGGUCAGGGCAUGCACAGCAAGAGGGGAAAUGUUGCUUGAGUGGUUCGAAGAACAGGGGUGUCAUUUUCCAGAACAGCAGUUGCACGAGCCGAGUCACUACCCCUACAAUACAGCCUUUGAACCGCGCAGACUCGACUACGUGCUGGCAAAGAAACUACUGUGCGACCCCGGCAAAGUUCUUGCUCAGAGAGAUAUUGCCACUUCAGACCAUGAGCCGAUCUCCGUCCCGUUGACCCAGAUCCGAGUCCACGAGGGCAACAUCGGGGGGAAGGCAGCACCAUGGUCCUCUCGGACACUGCGACCUGGGGCUGUGGUCGAUGCUAUCUUGGACCAGCAGGCUGUAACCGGGGGCGACCCCGUCACCCAAAUCCAGAAAGUCGCUGUGGCCAUCAGCAAGCCCGGCAAGAACAAACAACCAUUCAAAGAGUCAGAUGCCCUUCGAGCCCUUCGCCGACAUGCCCUUCACACCGGGCCAGGGGAAGAACGGCGACGACUCUGGAAAGCAGCGCGGAAGAUGCACCAAUCCGAGCAUCGAAAAUGGCAACAACUGGCGAUGCAACGUGUUGCCGAACUGGACUGGGGGAUGAAGAAGGCCCUCGUGGAGCAGAGCCGUGAUCACUCCUGGGAGCUCAACCUCACCGACAGCGACCAGUGGAAGCAAGAGCUCCGGGACCACUUCGAAAAGAUCUUCCACCGACAAAAACAAGUGGUAGUCACUGCGAAAAUCCGGGGGAUCAUGAAAAAGCUCGAGUACAGAUGCAAGAACACGAAAUGGAUACCCUUCACCUUGGAGGACCUCAAUGAAGUCAAAGUGAAGUGGAAAAAUGGGCGAUCUUGUGGACCCGACCAGGUGUCACACGAAGCCCUCAAGGCCAUGCUCCCCCACCCGAUUUGGGGGAACCGCCUACUCGCACUGUUCAAUGACAUGCUGUACACAUGCCGCCUUGUCGAGAGCAUCGAAGCAGGAGCCACUAUCCUGUUGGCGAAAACCUCCCAGCCACAGAACUGGGGAGAAACAAGACCUAUAACUUUGAGUUCAGUCCUCCUCAAGACUUUCGGCCAACUCCUCUUGCAACGAGCCGGGGAAACGAUCCAAGCCCCCGCCAGACUGCAAUGGUGCAGGCGGGGGAGGCAAGGGAUCGAACUGAUCCUCAUCCUCCGACGACUAGCACGAGUUGCACGUGACUGGGGCCUCGAGUUCUACAUUGCGAAAUUGGACAUCCGCAAGGCUUUCGAUUCCGUUUUCCAGGAAAGUCUCGCCGAGCAUGUCUGCCAAGUAGUGGGGGAAGAUGCCAACCUACCCUGGGAAGCUCGAGCCUGGGUUGCUGUACUACAUGCACAACAUCUUUGUGUCCAGGUUGCCGGGGAAAGCAUCCCGAUCCAACAAAGCAAUGGAGUUCGGCAAGGUGCACCAGAAAGCCCCGUUGCUUUCGGCUCUGUGGUUGCCAACGACCUCAAUGCUGCCAUCGGGGAAGCGAGGAGUUCUAAACCAACGACAGACACAGCCCCCCCCGAAGACGGGGGAAGCUACAUGGACGACAACUACAUUUGGUCAACAUGCAGAAAACACUUUCAGCACAUGCUUACCGCGCUGGGGGAUAAGCUGCCCUGCCGCGGCCUCUACCUGCACCCUGGCAAGACGGACAUCAUCACAACCCGGGAGAAGGAAGUUCAUUUCCAGGUCGCGGGAGAGAGUGGCAACCAAAGGGCCCAAGCACAUCUUUCAUGUGCUAGGGAGUCCCCUCUCUUUCCAAGGGGGAACCGCCAUGUUGUUGGCGGAAGCUCAAAGCCGAGCCCGCAAAGCUUUCUGGGCACACCGUGA